CGUUUCUUGGGUCCUCUGCCUCUGCCUACGGCGAUGUUUCUUCAAAAAGAACUAGGGUGCAGCCCAUUGAUAGCUGACCAGCUUCCGGGGAUCUUGCUGAUGACACAGGAGAGUUUCGCCUGAAGAUGGAAACACUGGAGUCGGAACUGACCUGCCCUAUCUGCCUGGAGCUCUUUGAGGACCCUCUCCUGCUGCCCUGCGCACACAGCCUCUGCUUCAACUGUGCCCACCGCAUCCUGGUGUCACACUGUGCCACCAACGAGCCUGUGGAGUCCAUCACCGCCUUCCAGUGCCCCACCUGCCGGCAUGUCAUCACCCUCAGCCAGCGAGGUCUAGACGGGCUCAAGCGCAACGUCACUCUGCAGAACAUCAUCGACAGAUUCCAGAAGGCAUCUGUGAGCGGCCCCAACUCCCCCAGUGAGACCCGCCGCGAGCGGGCUUUUGACGGCAACACCAUGACCUCCGCGGAGAAGGUUCUCUGCCAGUUCUGUGACCAGGAGCCUGCCCAGGACGCUGUGAAGACCUGUGUCACUUGCGAAGUGUCCUACUGUGACGAGUGCCUGAAAGCCACUCACCCCAACAAGAAGCCCUUUACCGGCCAUCGCCUGAUUGAGCCCAUUCCCGACUCCCACCUGCGGGGGCUGAUGUGCCUGGAGCACGAGGAGGAGAAGGUGAACAUGUACUGUGUGACCGAUGACCAGCUGAUCUGUGCCUUGUGUAAACUGGUCGGGCGGCACCGGGAUCAUCAGGUGGCAGCUUUGAGUGAGCGCUAUGACAAAUUGAAGCAAAACUUGGAGAGUAACCUCACCAACCUUAUCAAGAGGAACACGGAACUGGAAACUCUGUUGGCCAAACUCAUCCAAACCUGCCAGCACGUUGAGGUGAAUGCAUCGCGUCAAGAAGCCAAGCUGAUGGAAGAGUGUGAUCUUCUCAUUGAGAUCAUUCAGCAAAGACGACAAAUUAUUGGAACCAAGAUCAAAGAAGGAAAGGUGGUGAGGCUCCGGAAACUGGCGCAGCAGAUCGCCAACUGCAAGCAAUGCAUCGAGCGCUCGGCGUCGCUCAUCUCCCAGGCGGAGCAUUCUCUGAAGGAGAACGACCAUGCUCGCUUCCUGCAGACAGCGAAGAAUAUCACUGAGAGAGUCUCCAUGGCAACUGCUUCCUCCCAGGUUUUAAUUCCUGAAAUCAACCUCAAUGACACAUUUGAUACGUUUGCCUUAGACUUUUCACGAGAGAAGAAAUUGCUAGAAUGUCUGGAUUACCUUACAGCUCCCAACCCUCCCACCAUUCGAGAAGAGCUCUGCACGGCUUCCUACGACACCAUCACUGUCCACUGGACCUCUGACGAUGAGUUCAGCGUGGUCUCCUAUGAGCUGCAGUACACCAUCUUUACUGGACAAGCCAAUGUCGUCAGUCUGUGCAAUUCGGCUGAUAGCUGGAUGAUCGUGCCCAACAUCAAGCAGAACCACUACACGGUGCAUGGUCUGCAAAGCGGCACCAAGUACAUCUUCAUUGUCAAGGCCAUCAACCAGGCAGGCAGCCGCAGCAGUGAGCCUGGGAAGCUGAAGACGAACAGCCAACCAUUUAAACUGGACCCCAAGUCUGCCCACCGGAAACUGAAGGUGUCCCAUGAUAACUUGACAGUGGAACGUGAUGAGUCAUCAUCCAAAAAGAGUCACACGCCUGAGCGCUUCACCAGCCAAGGGAGCUAUGGCGUAGCUGGAAAUGUGUUCAUUGAUAGUGGCCGCCAUUACUGGGAAGUGGUCAUAAGUGGAAGCACAUGGUACGCCAUUGGCCUGGCCUACAAGUCGGCCCCAAAGCACGAGUGGAUCGGGAAGAACUCGGCUUCCUGGGCGCUGUGCCGCUGCAACAAUAACUGGGUGGUAAGACACAACAGUAAAGAGAUCCCCAUCGAGCCAGCUCCUCAUCUGCGGCGCGUCGGCAUCCUGCUGGACUACGACAACGGCUCCGUCGCCUUUUACGAUGCGUUGAACUCCAUCCACCUCUACACCUUCGACAUCGCCUUUGCACAGCCCGUGUGCCCGACCUUCACCGUGUGGAACAAAUGCUUGACCAUUAUAACUGGCCUUCCGAUUCCAGAUCACUUGGACUGCACGGAGCAACUGCCGUGAGCCUGGGGCUGCGCGGAGCAGCUGUCGGGGGCAGGAAAGGAUAUGUGGUCACCCUGUAGGGGACUGAGAUAGCCCAGGCUUUGAGAGGGUGACAAAAAUCUCACCAAAAAGUGUCCCAAACUUGGCUCCGAUAGGUCUGAACACGGGCACCUCCCCUCCUUUCACUGUGUCUUGUAUGAAGCACGGGCUUUAAUAAUUUUUUCAAAAUUUUUUUGGUGUGUAUGUGUGUGUAUUUACAGGAAAAUUUAUAGAUUAUUUAUAAAAGAAACCGAAUUGAUUACAACUCUUAGGAAUUCUUGGGGUUUGCACAGUCAGAAGCCCGUUUGCAUCCUGGUCUAUGGGCUGGAGGAGGGCAAACCUCCUUUGUAGUCGUGGGUGUUCAUUCAUAAGAUGUCAUCGGCAUCUCAGGAGAGAGACUGUCACCGCAACAGUGCUCCUCCAGCCCAGAAUAUGAUGCCAUUCUCAAAAACGGAGAAAAAAAAAAAGCCUUUCAAGUCCCUGGGUGGUGCAGUUAAGACCUCAGCUGCUAACCGAAGGGCUGCAGGUUCAAGUCCACUCAGUGUUGCCUCCAGAGGAAAGCCCGGAGAUGUACUUCUGAAAGGUCACAGCCUUUGAAAACCCGUGCAGCACAAUUCUCUUCUGAUGCACACGGGGCUGCCAUGAGUUGGUGUAGGACAGUGAAAAGGCUUCCUUGCUCCAGUUCGUUUUGAAGUAUUUAAACUGCAAAAGUCCAAAAUGUGUAUUGGAUCCACUAAAAUGCAGAGCAAGGGUGGCAGGAGGUAACUCCGGAGAAUGGAGCGCCCACUGCUAAGUCUGUAGUGUUGCCAGCCGGUGGGAUAAGGUUGGAGAGAAAGGUGCUGAAACCUUGGACUGUAUCUUGCCCUUCUCCCAGGGUGGAGGAUUCUGGGAGAACAUUAGGAAUGAGAUUGCAGUGAAAAGGAAUCGCUGAAUCCUGAUUACUCAACAAUUCCGACCAACUGUGUUUGAUUCAGAAAUAGGAUUCUGCGUCAAGAUAUUCAAAUAGUAUUUUUGCCCUUCCUUUUAAUACCUUGCUUUAGGAUUGUGAAAUGGCUUCUUUGCGUUUACUAAUUGCCCUGCCACCCUUUCCAAAUGCUUUUUCGUUUGUCUCUGUAGCUGAGGAAAGAAACUUGUUCCGUCACCAAGGAAGCCCCUUUUGGGCUGGAGCUUGCUCUCCAGUACGUCAGCACGUGGCACUGAUCACCACGAGCACGUCCAAAUCUAAGUCACCCGAAAAACACUUCCUAUUUAUGAGUUCAUAAUGACGAGGGACGUGGUAGAAAGUACUGUUAACUAGAGCCCAUGCCUCAAACGUUAUUAUAAACAGACUUUUAUGAAAUCUGUCUUGAAAGAUGUAGAAGUCUCUCAGUAUCCUAGUAUAGUUUAUCAUAGAGUUGUAAGAGAAGAAAAACUGGCUGUUCUCACACACAAUCGAAUAGAACCUGCUAAUAAUAAAGUGUCACAUGGGAUUUUUUUUCACUUGCUUGUCUGACACUUGGAAAUGGUCCGUGAAUUCAGCCUUUCCAAAAGUGGCCCUUAGAGUGAGACUCUGGCAUUGAUUUAACCAGAAGGGACAGUAGAACUAUUGCAAAACUACUUAUCUGGGCUACUGGGUCAGCCAUUGUGAUUGAACAGACGGAUGGGUUUAAAGCAUGGUUUCGAAUAAUUUUUAUUUUUUCACCAAAUUGUCCAGUUGUUUCCUGAAGUAAAUCUAUAGACCCGUCGUUUCAGUCUCACAUUGUCAAGUGGCCAAAGCUUUUGUGAAGGCGAAUCUGGAAUUCAUAGAAGCCUGCCGGCUUACUGUGUCUUCUACCUUCUCCACUUGCUGAUACCCCCUUUUCUUAACAAAUAGAUUCUAUAUAUUUACUCUAUUAUUUAUACCCAGAUGGAUAUUUUGAUAGCUACUUCAGACAAUUUCACUUCUGAACA